ACGAGUCAAUGCUGAAUUCUUCUUGAUCAGAGUACAAUUAUUCCUGUCUCUUGUGGAAAAAAAAUCUACUUCCAUCUUUAGAGGGUACUGUGGAUUGAAAACCACCUGAGAAGAAAGCUUUUUCUAAAAUGAUUGGAAAAAUUACAAGCCUCCUGCUUGGAGACAAAAUGGAGGAAGCAAAUGAAUAUGAUGACCACGAAGAGCUCUUCGAAACCGAAGAGGGGGAGUGGGUCAUCGUGAAUGUGCAGGAGAGCUGUCCCGUGGUGCAGUGGGAGAUGGGCUCCCUAGAGAACCUGCUGAUUGAGCACCCCAGCAUGUCUGUGUACAACAUGAGGGGGCAGAGCAGCGACCAGGAGGAGGAGGAGGAUGCAGACGCUCCCAGGCCUGCUCAGAUGGCACGCUAUACCCUGCGAAGGGUGACUGUUCUUGAGUGCAUCAGUCAUUUGCACUACAUGCAGAGGGCUGAACUCCUCGUCGACCGCAGAAAGCUAAGCAGGAAUCGCCUCCACAGACAGAACCGAUCCAAGAAACGAUAUUCUCCAAAAGGAAAGCACUGUGGCAAUUUCAAGCAGCCCUGCCAUCGUGUCUAUAAUUACUAAAAAAAAGCGCACGAAUCCAAAUGCGAAUUGCAGAAUAUUUAGUUUAAAAACCCCAUUCUCACAGUGUCCCAGAUCUUAUUUAACAAAAGAAAACCAUGCAAAUGUUAUCAAAUAAGUCACAAUGGCGCUUUUUUUGAGAAUAAGCGAUUAUACCUUGUAUAACUCAUAAUGACAACUGCUUUAUUGUUUUGAAAGUGUUGCUCUGUUACUUGCAGUGUUUCACAAUGUAGUGGCUACUUCUAGUGGUAAUAGCUGCAGACUGUCAUCAGGAUUUGGUAUGCAAAUGUGGAUGCAAAUCCCAGUGUGAGAUGUAUGUAUGACUGUAUGAUCAAAAUGUAACAUCAGUUAAUGCUUUUUCCCCUUUUUUUCUAUUUUUUUCUCCAUAUGUAUUGGUUAUUUAGAACACUCCAUCUAGACUUUAUUAGUAGUGCAUGUUAAACAUGUGUGUUUACUGUUCAGCUAAUGUUACAGCAAUGGUGGCAGCUAUUUGUAUGAAUUUAAUAUUAAUAUAAAUUUUUAAAGUGAACUCAAUUGCAGUAAAAGCAACUUAUAGUGUAAUCAAAUAAUCAUGCUUACAUUUUACAGUAGCCAGUUAUGGUAUUUGCAUGCUUUUAGUAUUGUGCAACCUUGUUUUUUAAUGUACCUUUGUUUUUCCAGUGUUGCAUGCAGUAUAACUUCUUUCUUUUUGUUUAUGCGUAUUACAAGCAAACUUGAAAGGGUAUGUUCAUUUGUAUACAUUUUAACAUGAGUUGCUACAAAGGAACAGUGUGCCUUUCUUCAUGCAAUUGCAGCAGAGUAAUGAAUUGUGUUGUAUGAGGUACUGUACUUUCGAUUUGUAUGGCGAUAUUUACA